UUAUGUUCGUUCUCGGCGCACAUAUACAUGGAUAAUUUAAAUGGCUAUUGCAUAUCCGAGGCAAUAAUUAUGGAGGCUUUUACCCCAUCUAUAUAAGGAUAAAAUAUAAACGAAUUAAGAACCGCUGUUAGAGUAUCCAGAGUUUUCCCGGUGCGGAGCAGAUUCAGUCGAGGCCGGCCAGUGGGGAAAGACCCUUCAUCAGAAAGGAGGAAGAGGACCCAGCGGUGCGACUGAUAAAAAUGCGGCCAGGCACAUGCAUGGAAAACCAGCUCUGCUCCGGGAUCUAUAAACAUACGCCACCCCUUGUGUGCACUCCGUGUAAUUGAAUUAAAGCAGCCACUUUUUUUUCCAGGAGACUUUUUAGUCCAAAGGGAAGCCGAUGGGAGGGGAAGACGGCCGAUCACCCCGCACUUUGGCUCCCCGCGUUUCGCAGUCUGCCGCCGGCGCUGCGGGAAUGUGGCCUCGGACAGCUUUCGGGGCAGACCUGGCAGUCGCUCAUCGCCGCUCAUUUCCUAACAUUUCUUAGUUGUGUGUGUGUGUGGUUUUUUGUUUUUUUAACUUUUUCACGGCAAACAUCUGUGUGACUGUUUCACCCUUUUUAUCCUUUUUUCUAAAAAUAGCAACAACGGGGAAAAAAGUUUCAUUUACAGUAACAGCCGUCGAUUUUGCUAUAAUACGUAAUAUGAUAUUACUGUUUCACACAGCAUAACGGUAUUGAUUUUAAAUACUAUGAUUUUUAAACUUUUUUAAGUGUGUUGAUUAACUAUUUAUGUGACGGUUUGAUAUCUGAAGAAGAAGGUCGCUUCGAUUAGUAUUUUCAUCUGGCCGCUUGAUUCUAUUACGGUUUUAAAAAUCCUGCUACGUCGUUUUCAGCUUGCAGUUUUGUUUUUGCUUUUGAGGGACCGGAAUGUCACUGGUCACGGAUCCGGAGAGGAACUCAGGAAAGGACGGGGCUCGUCUAUGGGAAUAGGCCCUCCUGUGCAAUCGGACAUGUGUUAAACCGGGAUCCGGACGUCCGCCUGGGGAACUGCAGCUUUUGGGAGAAGAUGACAGCGGAAUGUCUUGGCUUUUUCCAUUUAAGCGUCGUGCCACGUUCAGAUCGGCGGUGACGGGCUUCGCACUUAGUGCCGGUGGCCGGUGUCGAACCCUAAAGGGGGGUGCUGCUGGGGAGGCAUGAUAAAACAUCAGCUCCGUGAUCCCUGUUACAGUCUUGUCAUCGGGCUGAUUAAAGCGUCGAGAAACAUUUACAAGAGUGGUGUUGAAUCGCAGUAAGUCUCCCCCUCCGGUGGACUUUAUGCGGGGGUACGGCUUUGAUGGCUUGCCAUAACUUUCAGUUUUGGAUUUUAUUUUCGAAGUGGCGAUCAUGAACACUGUUCGAGCGAAAGCAACCAGUGGUUUUUAACGAUGGGUGCGGGCGGGGAGACAAGAAUAUGAAACGGAUUUGCGCUUCGUCUGAUGUUUGUAACGACGUUUGGGAGAGUCUUUUUUUUUUGGAACCAGAGAGAGGCGAUACUUUGGUUUUGUGAACCGGCCGUGCUGUGACGGCGACUUCGGUUGGGACCUCAAGGGCGGGAGGUAAGAUUGUGGAGGGGUUAAUAUCCGUUUAUUCGCGCUUGUGUGUGAAGGGAGAUCUCGGUUGACCGGGCACCGUCGGGAAAGAUCCGGAGGAAUGUGAGCGCUGACGCAACGGGAGCUCGGAUGAUGCACCGCUGAAGUGUCCGGGACUGUUUUCCCUCAAGUGCCAGGACUCUGCUUACGUACAAGACCAUUUUCCCCCCGUUUUUCAUGUUGUCGCUCUUUUUUCUCUCAAGGUUUUUUCCAUUCCGUGUAGUCUCCUUUGAUUGCCUUUCCGGAGGAGGAGAAAAAACAGUGAGAGGGAGGUUGGCACAUUUCUGACGUAAAACACCUUUUCCUGCCAGCUCAUUCUACGCUUGUUUAGUGUCGGUGUCCCCCUCAGCCCUCCCUCUCCAUCUAUCACUGACCAUGGCCACUCAGCACGCACGUCAUCUGCUCCAACAUGACACUGAGGCGGGCUGCGACCCUGGUAGUGAGAUCAGUGGCAAGCCGCGCCAUCAGCAGCCUUUCAAGUACAGCGUGUCGUCGAGCUGCAGUUCGGGACAGUUGCGGCUACGAGGCUUGCGCCGGGUCCCCCAGCUCUUUGAACGGUCGGCGGCGCAGUGCUGGGACCCUGCCUUUGACUCAGCCAUCCUGGAGGAGGCGUGCCGGGAACUGUGUUUCCCGCAAAUUCGCCGUCACUUCCGUUAUGCGCUUUCCUACCUGGCCGCAGCUGCGCUCCUGUGGGGGACGUACUUUGGGGCCAGUGGGUACUGCGACCCCACCAUCUACCUGGUACCUGCUGCCGCCUUCCUCGUGCUCUGCCUGCUCCUUUUCCUCUUUACCUUCACCAGACCUUAUGCGAGGCUCUAUGCUCAGGCCUCGCUGCUGCUUAUUGCAGUCUCUUUUGCGCUCACACUGGCCCUCCAGGCACAGACUCGCAGUUUCCCAGGCCUACGUGGCGUCGACUUGGACCAGAACCUUUCACACUCUAGCUCUGGCCGACGGACGUCCUGUGUCUCCCCAGUGGCAACCUUCUCACUAUGCGUGGAGGUCCUUCUCCUGCUCUACAGCAUCCUCCACGUGCGCCUCUAUGCCUCCUUGCUGCUGGGACUUCUCUACUCCAUGCUCUUUGAAGCUCUUGGCUGGCUGGGCCCGGCAGAAGGUGGCACAACCACAGUAGAUAUGCUCUAUUGGCUAGUGCCGGCCCGGGCACUGCUCCACCUGUGCGCCCAUGCGCUGGGCGUGCACCUCUUCAUCACAUCGGAGGUCCGUUCACGCAGCACCUUCCUGAAGGUCGGCGAGGCCAUCAUGGACGGCAAAGACCUGGAGGUGGAGAAGGUGCUCAAGGAGCGCAUGAUCCAUUCGGUGAUGCCGCGGCGGGUGGCGGACGAGCUCUUGAAGCAGGGUGAUGAGGAGGCUGAGGCCUCCGGCACCGUGUCGUCUUCCGCAAGCCCCAAGGGCAACAAGCGCAAGAAGACGUCCAUCCCAAGGGGCCAGAUCAUCUUCAGGCCCUUCAACAUGAAGCGCAUGGAGCCCGUCAGCAUCCUUUUCGCCGACAUUGUGGGGUUCACCCGCAUGAGCGCCAAUAAGACUGCGCCGGCGCUUGUCGGCCUCCUCAACGACCUGUUUGGCCGCUUCGACCACCUGUGUGAGCUCACCUGUUGCGAGAAGAUCAGCACGCUGGGCGACUGCUACUAUUGCGUGGCCGGCUGCCCUGAGCCGCGGCCCGACCACGCCUACUGCUGCGUGGAGAUGGGCCUGGGCAUGAUCCAAGCCAUCGGGCAGUUCUGCCGGGAGACACGGGAGACGGUGAGCAUGCGGGUGGGUGUUCACACGGGCACUGUGCUCUGCGGCAUCCUGGGGAUGAAGCGCUUCAAGUUUGACGUCUGGUCCAACGAUGUCAACCUGGCCAACCUCAUGGAGCAGCUGGGUGUGGCCGGGAAGGUGCACCUCUCCGAGGUCACUGCUGGUUUUCUGGACGACCGCUACUGGCGUGAGGACGGAUGCGUGUUGGAGCGCCACGGCCAGAGUGUGAUGGUGGAUCAGCUGAAAGGACUGAAGACCUAUCUGAUCUCCGGGAGGAAGACCGACUGCUUUCAACACGGUGGGUCCCAGUUUGCCCUGGAUGACCGAGACACAGGAGACUCCCUUGGCUGCAGUCUUCACAUCCCUGGAGAUCUUGGUCUGGACCCUACAACUCAAAUUCCAAACCUUGCCCCUUCUCCUUUGGAAGACCUCAGUCUUGGAAUCCAUGAAAAAGCCAAGCCUGUCUGCGUUGGGGGAGAUCUGGAGGAGCAGUCUCUGGAGGGUGGGACCUUGCAGAACGGCUGUCAGGAGGAGCGCAAGACCCAUGCAGACAAGGUCUCUCUAGGCCAGAGCCCCAGGACCCUCAAUGGCUUGCUGAGCCCCCCCAGGGAGGAGGCCACAGGCAGCAGCCGGAGCUCACUGUGUGACCUGCCGCUGGACAAGGGAAAGGCAGGCGGUCCCAUGGAGCACUCUACCCUGAUACAACUGCACACCAAGAGCAACCACCAGAAGAGCGACACUCACUUUGUGGAAGCCGUCAAAGAGGAUGGUCUGAUGAAGGAAUACUUCUUCAAACCUCCCAUCAACAAGCUGAACCUUAACUUCCUGGAGCCAUCUCUGGAGUCCGCCUACAGGAGCAGCUACCAGAAGGAGGUGGAGACACAGGCAUGUGUAUGCACCUUCGCCAGCCCUACCUUCAGCUCCUUUCUCGAUGUGCUGCUGUCCUGCGUGGUGCUCCUGGCCCUGGAGAUGGCUUGCUUCUUGCGUCCGCUGCUCAGCGGAGAGGCCCCACCCACAGCCGCCCUGGCCUUCGCUGCCCCCGCCUUACUGCUGGGGGGCCUUGCCUUGCUGCUGUCCAUUCGCAUGGCGUUCUGCCUGGACAGUGUGUCGACUCGGACUCGAGCCCUGCUGGCUGUUCUCUCCGGCUGGGUCCCGCGACACCUGGCUGGAGCUGUGCUGGUAUCCCUGCCUGCUGUGUCGGUCUUCACACACGUCGUCUGCAACUCCCAAGUGCCCAUACAGUUCACCGUGUUCCUCUGUUGCGGCUUAACCGUGGCCAUUGUGCACCACUGCAACUGCUGCCAGCUCAGCUUCUGGAUGCGGUCGUGCCUGGCCACGGCCAUGGGAGGCGUGCUCCUGGUGCUGCUCCACAGCCCCCUCUGCAGGACCCAGAUCAGCAGUGGGACCAGCAUGGGCAGCGAAGCUGGCUGGGGCCCGAGGACCGGCGCCCAGGACCUGUUGGCCCUGGAGGCAGUCCUGGCCCUCUUGCUGUUGCUGCUACUGGUGUGGUUCCUGAACCGUGAGCUGGAGGUGAGAUACCGGCUGCACUACCAUGGCAACGUGGAGGCGGACCAGCACCGCAUCAAGAUCCAGAACAUGCGCGACCAGGCGAACUGGCUUCUGGGGAACAUCAUCCCCAUGCACGUGGCCGAGCAGCUGAAGGUGACGCAGAGCUACUCCAAGAACCACGAUGACGUGGCGGUCAUCUUCGCCAGCAUCGUCAACUUCAGCGAGUUCUACGAGGAGAGCUACGAGGGCGGCAAGGAGUGUUACCGCGUGCUCAACGAGCUCAUCGGCGACUUCGACGAGCUGCUGCGCCGGCCAGCCUUCUCUCACGUGGAGAAGAUCAAGACCAUCGGCGCCACCUACAUGGCGGCGGCAGGCCUGAACGCGCGGCAGCGGCGGGAGCAGGCCAGGCCACGGGCUCACCUGCGCGCCCUCUUCGACUUCGCCCUGGAGAUGAUGCGCGUGGUGGACGACUUCAACAAAAACAUGCUGGGCUUCAAAUUCAAGCUGCGCAUCGGUUUCAACCACGGCCCCUUGACGGCCGGCGUCAUCGGCACCACCAAGCUGCUGUACGACAUCUGGGGCGACACGGUGAACAUCGGCAGCCGCAUGGACAGCACUGGUGUGGAGUGUCGCGUUCAGGUCAGCGAGGGCAGCCAUGCCGUGCUCAGCCGCAUGGGCUAUGACUUUGAGUAUCGCGGCACCGUCAAUGUCAAGGGCAAGGGCCAGAUGAGGACCUUCCUGUUUCCCAGCAGCACCGGCGGCGGGAGCGUGCCGGGCCUCUUCACGCCGGGAUCAGACCCCACCCUCAUUCAGGGCCUUCCCCCGACAGGCCGCGGUGUGGCUUGCUCCCAGAAUCCCCUGCCAGUCCCCUCUCCCUCUGCUGCUCGCCCAGCUGCUGGGCCCGUUUCCCUAUCCGAUAAACCCAAAGGCAGCAAUGGGCUGCUCGGUGCCCCGAGGACUUCUGGGAAUGGGCCCGUCGGCGGCCUGCUCGACACUCCACACGCAGCGUGGGUCUCCACUGCAUCAGAACCCAAAUCUGCCUCGUCUACCUCCACCCACAAGGAGGAGGAUGAGGAAGAGGAGGCGGCGGACGAGCUGAGCAGACUCAAACCGGCGAAACACGUAUGACAGGACCCUGCCCCCAAAGACCUUGUAGCGGGGGAUGGGGGGGGUCAUCAUUCAUGAUCCUUUAUUUCGGAUCCCGCUUUUUUGGGGGACUGUGCACUGCUGUGUGGAUCACAGCAACAUGUGAGGUGUGGGGGGCGGGGGGGCCUCCCCUCUUCCUAAACUGUUCUUGCUAUUUUUGUUCAAGUGCCUUCAUGAUCAGUAAUAACAGAAACGCAAAAGGAAUGUGACACAAAGAGGAAACUGAAGACAGUAAAUGGCCUAUGGGAGACUGGAGCAUAGAUCCCUCCGAACCCAGCCUCUGGUUCCGGUCCACCUGCCAGUAUCGGUUAUGAAACGGUCGGUUCAUGCGAAACUCGGAUAUGAGGAUACAAGCCUGGGUUGGGGGUUGGUGUGAAACUGAGGAGCACAAGAAAUUCUGCUUUUUUUUUUAGACCAGUAUUAAAACAACAAAAGAAGGAAACAAGUUUAGCCCGUGUGUGUGUGUGUGUGUGUGUGUGUGUGUGUGUGUGUGUGUGUGUGUGUGUGUGUGUGUGUGUGUGUGUGUGUGUGUGUGUGUGUGUGUGUGUGUGUGUGUGUCAGUGGAUAUAUUUGAAUACAUUUCAAGAACAGCCCCUGGCAACCCUAGUCUUUAAAAAAUAAGAUGUACGCCUAUCGAUUAGACAUGGAUUUGAAACGUCUCUCUGGAUUUGAGCGGCUGGAAGAUGGAUGAAUGGAUCGAUGAAUUAGACUUGUAGUUUGCCAUAAUGCUAAAUAGGUAAAAUAAUAAUUUGGGAAUAGAGGAAGGUAAUAUGGUCCCAGUGAAUUAUUAAUGGCCACAGUGGAUGGGUACUGUGAAAGGCACGACAGACGCUGACAGCCGACCAGCUACGUUUGGGGCAGCUUACCUGAGACAGAGGGGACCGGGGUGCCGGGCAUGUGCUGAGGGGGGGGACAGUGUGUGGCUCAGUGGGUUAGGAUGGUGUGCCUGUAAUGAAAAGGUUGCUGGUUCAAAUCCCAGGGUCUGCAGAGGUCUGAAGCCUCGCUGAUGCUGCUUUCGCAAAAAUGUAAAUCACUUUGGGUAAAAGUAGUUUGCUCACUGAAUUUAAAACACGUAAAUUGUAGUAAGACAUAAACAUGAAUGAUCCCCAAAAGGAAAAUAUGAAUCGGUGGUGACACCUGAAGGGGAUUUUUAUUUGCUCCCUGCCAAAGCACUUGAAAUGCCGUAGACGGGUGCAUUGCGGUGUCCCUGCUGUGAUCCUGUGGUUCUCCGUACAGAUGGACUGAUACGGUGGGUGGAUUGGCCUCAUCUGCUUUAUGUGGAUGACAGAAAGGACAGCAAACGGCGAGGCAGAUCUUCCAGAUCUUUAGUGACCGCACCGGCCCUGAUUCAGCGGCAGCCUUCACUCACAUUCAGCUCUAAGCUCUAAAGCUCUAAGCUUCUUCCUGGAUUACAUGUGACUGCCUUUGUUUAUGACAUCAGAUUUAUGAUGAAUGAUGUUAAUGUUUGACGUCCUUUUUUGACAGUCAGCUGUUGGCCUGAUGGUGGUUCACACUAAUCAUGGUCUGCAGAAUGGCGUAAAUCCUUCUCCAAUUUGCAGUUUGGGCUCUGGGUUACCGCGGUGAAACGCUCCUGUUUGCUCUCGUCCAGUGAGACGUAACCAUAGGUCAGCGUAGCUGAGAUCUAGCCCUUUUUGUUGCAAAGUAUGGCUGUACCAAUUAGUCUUCCACCAUCACUCAGGCUCUUCAAAUUUGUUCCCUGAAAGCGGGCAUUAUAUGACCUUUGCGACCCCAAUGCCUUGUUUGGAGAUUCUCCUUAUUUUACAGCACAAACACACACACACACACACACACACACACCCUGUUUCAUUUUUAAAAGUGGUCACCGAAUCGUCCUUGUUGCCUUCCUCCGACAAGUCUCUGAAUUUUUUAUAAAUUUUUUUUAUUGCAUGAGGGUUUUCCUUGCAUUUUCAAGGUUUUCAGAGCAAGUCUUUAUUAAAACGUCUAAAUUUAAGACCUUGAAAGUUCAUAACCUUUUUAACAUGAAUACACUGCAUUUUCCUAUCUGAAAAAUUAGAGUAGAUUUUGUACUUGCAGAAUCAGACUGAUCGUACCUGGUGUUAAGGAUAUCGCUGCCUUUUCAUGCUAUUGUGAAAUGAUAUUAAUAGCAUUUUUAUGGUAAAUAGAACAGUACUGUCUUGCCUAUUUCACAGUAUUGUGUUCUACAUUUUCCUGGUGCUGUAUAGGCUUCGCGUACUAUACCGUAAAGUAAGACAUUUCAUGAAGCAUUUCGUAAAGGUGCACGACACUGAGAGGGUAGGGGCUUCGUGGGAGAGAUGCAUCCCAGCUGGUUCCGCUGCUUCUACAGUCGCAGGGCGAGAGACCGUGAGGCAGCGGGCAACCUGCUGUGGUGCAGGAGAACGAUAAUCGCUGAGAAGGACAGAGGAGCACGGCGUUCAGGGUCCGGGUGGGGGGCAUUUGGGUCAGACUGAGCAUCCUGAUUCGAGCCUCCCUGACGCUCAGUUUUCCGUCUCUGUUCUGUUAAAAAGCGACUGAAGUCACUAAGAGGCACAUUUCCCUCGAAUUGCGACAGACAGAAAGUUCUUCUGAGUUCAGAAGAAGCCUGAGGAGCUUUGACCCCCACCUGCGAGCUCCUCUGCUUGCUAGCCCAGUCCGCUUCCUACGGCUGCUACACGCGUGUAAGUGUCCUCCUGACUGCGAGUUUGCGGAGCGUUUACACCCCGGCAGCCUAGCAGAGCUAGUGAACCUUCACCUACAGCCUCGUGUCCGUGCAUCCAUUGCUCUCACUUAGCUGGUAUACCUUAUGACGUAGCCUCUGUCUCUAAAACAAAUAAAAAUGACAAUAUUGGGACCAAGCAGGGGUCUGUGGAGAACUGUGGUCCUCACUGAAAAAGCAGAUACCAGAAAUGCUCAAAGUGACCGUGAAACACAAAGCAGUACUGGACUCUCAUAGAGGAGGGUUCAGACAGUCGGUGCUGAGGAUCUGCAUGGAUGCGCAGAUACCAAAGUUACUGGAGAAUGUCUUUUUAAUUAUGCGUCUGUUGCCACUUUUCGGGUCGGCGACGAACUCUGCAGGACACGGGAGAUCCCUGUCUUGUAUGCCUGUACUUUGUUAAUGUGACUGGGUCAUGUGUUCAUGGGUUUGGAGGAAGGGGGGGGGGCAUUAUUUUUUUUUAUUUUCCAUUUUGGAGUCUUGUUUCUGCUGAAGCAUUUGAGCUGAACUACAUGCCAAAGAGUUGUGACUGGUAGAUGAGAAAUGUUUGUUUCUUUUAAAGGUAAAUUUGUUAUCUUGUGCACAUUACCGAUCAUGUAUAAUUCAUGAACACAGGAACAUAAUCUGUAUACAUUUGCACAAAGCUCUCACUGUGUACAUAUGCAUAUCUAGCAUUAUUGUAUGUUUACAUAUCUUUUAAUUUUUUUAUUUAUACCUGUGCAUGUGCCAGAUUUUUGGGAGGAGGAGAGGCGGGACACACGCGUGUCUGGUGAUUGUGUGAUGCUUUACAUUUACUGCACCCUUAUAAUACCUUCAUUAUGCAUUCAUAAAGCAUUCAUAGAACAUUCAUAAGCAGUAUACCUUAACAUCCUAACACAAUUUUAACAGCUGUAAUAUAGAUGAAUAACAAACAUUCUAUUUGUAUAAUCAUAUAGUGUUUGUUCUUAAUGUAUAUUUAAAGCUGUUUAAGCAUGUUAGGAUGUUAUGGAAUACUGCUUAUGAAUGUUCUAUGAAAGCUUUAGGAAGGUGCCCUGAAUGUUCUAUGGAUGCACUAUGAAGGUGCUGUUAAAGCGUCACCGAUAACAUUGUCUUUCUUUGAGGGUGGGGCUAAUUAAAAAGAACUAGCCUAGUCCUUCACUUUCAUUCUUGGCUCUGAAAAAGUUGUGCGCUGUAUUGAAUUGGACGAGAGUGGAUCAAUAGUUGAUAUAAAAAUUUAUGCGUAAAUGACCCAAGAUAUCACCUCCCCUCCCACCAUGACAUGACGGACUGGUUUGGGUGAUGGCUUCUAGGUGAACCUAGAAGUUGACCUUGUGUGGUUCAUUUUUAGAGGAAUCCUUGUCGACGUAUUUUUUUCUUAAGCAGCCUAAUCACAAUGUUCAGGUAAAAAAAAAAAAGAGUUUGGUAGAUUCCAGGAAGAUCGUGACCCCAUCUGGGAGGAGGAAUGUCCUGAUUAGGUUUCAGUUUUGUCAGCAAUUUUCUCUUUUCCAAUACAAAAUGACCAGGUACAGAAAUAAUAAAAAGUAAUUAUACUGUUUUCCUGUUUUAUUUGUAAAAUAUGUGUUGUGUUCAUUUUUAAAAUUGGUAGUGACCAGCAUUUCUAAAAAUAAUUGUCUAUGAUUUUCUCAGCAAUGUUUUCAUUUCCUAGAUUUUAAGAGAUGUAAUUAGCACACAAGUUGACUUGUUGAUAUUAAAGUGGGUUUGUGUUCUGUG